UAUUUGACGCUCUGAGCUUCAGAGGCGAAGCGUCCCGUCAGCAGGGGCCAAUCACCAGCCUGCUGAAUGGAAACGACUCUUCUCCUCCAUCUCACAUCAUGACCGCCACCACCACCAUCAUCAUCAUCGUCAGUGCUGGUCACGUGGUGCUUCGGGAGCUGGCAGUGGGUGUGUCCAAUCGCGUGUGGUUUCAUUCAUAACUACAGUCGUUAUUUGAAGCCCAGGAUAAAGUAUGCAGACGGUGCAGACUGGCUGCGGCCCGCUUCACACCGACUCUACGACCAGGGCUCACUCACUCUGACCUGGACCAUGAGCAAUGAUCUGCCUGUUCUGACGAGUCUGACCGAGAACUCUACUCAACGGGAUGCGCCCGUGUCGGCCGGCCAGGUGGAGAACUAUGUGUUGCUGUUGGUGCUGCUGAGCGUCUUUGCUGGGGGGACGCUGGUCCUGCUUUCCCUGCUGCUGCUCUUCUGUCACCACUGCUGCUUGGGGGGAAGACGGUACUCCAGAGCAAGCGAUGACCCUGAGAAGACAAACACAACUUAUGCUGAGGACUCUCAGCCCACACAAGAGAUCACCAUCCGUCUGGAUGAGUCCGAUGCUCUCUCAGCAUCCAGCUGUCACGAUGCAGAGCCGGAUCGAUUCGUUUCCACCGGCGCCACUGGCCGCAGAGUCUCAUUCAAUGAGUCUGCACUGUAUGAACAGGAUAAAAACCCUCAGGAAAAAGGACGCAGGUACACUCUCACCGAAGGAGACUUCCAUCACCUAAAAAAGGCCCGGCUAACCAACCUCCACCUGCCUCCAGCUCCAUGUGACCUGAAGAUACUCACCAUCAUGGAGUGUGACUCUACAGAGAGCAGCACCAUCAACAUCAGCGAGACUGCAGCCCCCAAGCUGCCCCUUUGCAUCUACCAGCCCUCUGAGAGAAGAGUCCCUGACUGGUUGGGACAGAGUCUGAGUGGGGGUCUGCCUGGAGAUCCACAUCACUCCACCGUCCUGGACCCGGGAGCCAGACGUUCCUCAUCAGUCCUGAGAACCCAGCGGUCCCAGACGAUGGAGACCAUUGGGGAUAGGGGCGAGGACGACAGCGAACGAGGCCCGAGGGGUGAGCCCACGGAAGCUCCGGGGCCGACUUCUGUUCUGCACUUCUUCUCUAAACUACGGCGACAUGCCAGUCUGGAGGGGGCGGGGCCUUACUUUAGAAGGUGGAAGUUUGACACCAGUCAUCGAGCUGCCAGUCUGGAUGCUAAAGGAUCCCCAAAGAGAAAGCCUUUCCAUAGACAGAGAGCAGCGAGUGAAACCACCGACCACACCGAAGAGGACUCCUCUCCUUUCCAAGAUGACACAUUUGAAUCUUUCCCACACAUGCCCACCCAGACCAGCGGCCUCCAGUCUCUCUCUGCUGAGUCUCUACGCCAUCCUGAAGAUACUUCUACAUCCUCAGUCUUCCUCAGAAGGCUAAAACUGGAUGCCCCGGUGGAGGUAGGUGUUAGCAUCAGCACCAGGAGGGCAGAAAUUAAUCUCCCAUCUGAUCCUGCUCUGGGUAAGGGUGAACCUACAGUCAAUGGAACCGGAGGAGAGCAAGAAAUGACUUUUCGAGCAGCGAUAGUAGCCAAAGCAACAAGAAGUGUGUUGCAGUCUGCGGAAGAUGAUGACCUGUUUGGGACAGAAGAAGAACUGACCAUGCAGGACAGGUUUGAAGACUUGCUGAGAAAAACCGAGGAAGCAAAAACAGACUCAGUCACGUCUGAUGUGAGGAAAAAGAAUGAUGAGGAGACAGAUGAGGGGGACGAGGGGGUGUUAGGAGCCGUAGCCAGAGGAAGGACAGACUCAGGCUCGUCUUUUAUGAGCCGCCACGAGAGCUCAGAGGCACCCCCGUCCCUCUAUAGAGACAUUUGGAGCUUGAGAGCCUCUCUGGAGCAAUAUGCCUCUUCAGAUCAGAGCAGCACGGAUCGGGAGUCAGUCCGCAGUGAUGCCGACAGUGUCUCAUCCUUCAGUGGUGCAGGAGCUCGCUCAGGCCUGGACACUUGUCUGUCACAAGACCUGGACGAUGAGCCUGAAGGAGAGGGGGAGGUGGAGGUGGGGGCCAGAGGGCCAUCAGGAGGAAACAGUGAUACGGGGAGUGGAGCUGGAGGAGAGGGGGAGGGGGGAAACAGGAAGCUUCUUCAAAUGGACAGUGGCUAUGCCUCCAUAGAAGCACCAUCCAGGGCCCCUGAGGAUAUGAGGUUGUUUGGAACUCCGGGGGCCCCUCGGGGGAAGACUGCAUCUGAGAGGAGACUGUUUUUCACCAGCUCUGGUAGAAAAGGCUCGGUGUGUGAGAGCAUGGAGACAAAGUUGUUUCAGGAGGAGCUGGAGGACCAGAUGGCUCUUGGCACAGCGACAGAGGAAAAACUGAAGAAGAACUCUCAGGGUGGCGGUCUCUCUCAUACCCUUCAAGAUCCAUAUCAAGUCCUGAAAUCCGUCCAUCCUCAGAAACCUCCAGAGACACAAACUCAGCUCAUCUCUCCACUGGCAAGCCCAGCCCCUCAGCCGCUGAGUCAACACCGAUCCCGUCUCCGCCGCCGUGACUAUAGCAUAGAUGAAAAGACAGACGCUCUCUUCAAUGAGUUCCUUCGACACGAUCCACGCUUUGAUCAGCAAGACUCUCCUUUACGCUCCAGACAUAGAUCCAGAGUUCACCUCCGGAAGCAGUGGCAGAGACACAAGCAAUACAGCGACCCCGGUUCAGCCUCUGGGGGAAGGUACUCCCCGUCUUUGGAGAGGCAGAGGUUUACCCCACUUAGGAGGGGUGACAGUGCAGGUUACCCGCUGGACACCAGGUACCACAGCACCCUGUCACGAAUAGCAAGCGCAGCAGAUGAAGAAGCCAGUGAGGUUGCAGCUUCUGAAGAGGUGGCUAAGGAAAGAGCAGAAGAUCAAGUGGGGGAAGGAGCUACAGGGAAUGCAGGCAACUUAAGGGCUGAAGGAGCAGACCCAACAAGAAACGCCUCUGCAGAGUUGACUGGUGAGACUGAGGGCUGCCAAGUGUUCUCAGACAAGGAGGCGGGAGGUAUCAGCAGCCAGCCUGUGAGCACUGCAAUGCCACAAAUGAGCCACAUGGACCCACGAGUGGUCAACAGGAACAACAACAGCAGCCAGGCUAUGCUAUCAGAUGUUUCCCUGCAGGCACAAAGCAGCCUAACAGACAAAUUGGUGGAUUCAGUGGACGAGAGACUUUAUGGGGUUCUGCGUAGCACAGGGAGAGACCAAAACGUGCGAUCAGAGGUCAUCAUGACAAACACUGCCUCACCUGGGUCCAACCCCACAUAAUCCUCUGCCCUGGUAUCAAGCAUCCUCUUAUGAGAGACACAAUAUCCAACAUCUUUAGCAGCAUUACCUUCAGACAUACCUGAACUGCAAAUUUGAUGUCUGUCUUUCAGUAAACCAGAAAACUCGAACACAUUAUGGACUUUCAUAGAUGUAGAUGCACCUUUAGGAAACAUAAUUGCUGUCUGACUUACCUGUGACUUUUCAGCAUGCUACUACGAUUCCAAAAUAUGUGUCUGUGAAUAAUGUAAAGUUUUAACCUCAAUGAGCACUUUGAAUGAAUGGAAGCUACUGCUGGUGUUCGUCGGCCAUUUUUCCUCAUUUCCCUUUCCUCCUCAAGUGUCCUUGUUCGUCUCAGCCAUCAUGGAGGUGUAUGGUUGCGUGAGAGCGGUCUUUACUACAUGAAGUGACUCAGCGACCUGCAAAUGUUUUCACACCCUCUAAACAUUUAACCUUACAACCAGAGGAUAAUAUGUAUUGGGAAUGUUGUAUGUGAUCGACAAACACACAAUGGUCCAAAAAUGAUAAAAUUAGUCAAACAAAUGCCUACUUUUAAAGGACUUUUUAAAUUAAAAAAAUCUGACUAUUUAUGCACUCACUUUUGUUCGACCCACAGUUGUAGAACCAUGGAGAGCAAAAAAUAUUUGCAAAAAAUGCUUUGGGUGUAAGUUUAGGAUCAUCGCCACCCAGCUUCUGACACUAUUUUUCUAAAUUCAGCUCCAUCCAUUCUCCUUUUAGAUUUGAUCAGCUUCCCUGUCUCUGCUGAAGAUAAUCAUUAUCACAUCAUGAUAAUGUUACUUUUUUCAAGAUGAAGCUUGAAAGUGUUAGUUUCCUGUGGAAUGAGUAGUUUUGCAUUUAUUCAUAUAAAAAAUAUAAAUUAAAAUAGAAAUAUACAAAUAACCUUUAUCAUAAUCUAAAAAAUACCAUUACAAUGAUGCACAAUUUUCCUUACACUUUACAGUUAGGCAACAUUUUUGUGUUUGUCUAUCACAUAGAAUCUCAUAUUAAUAAAAAGUAAAUUUCUACUUGCAAAUUAGAGAAAAUGGGGAAAAGUUGAAGCGGUAUGAAUGCAUUUGCAGGUCACUGUGCAAAGAGUGAUACCAAUGUUUACAGCUGCCCUGUAUUUGAUGAACACUGUAUCAGCCGGUCUGAAGAUACCGCUCUAAAACCAGAUGAAAAGCAGAAGAUGCAGUCAAUAAAAGAAAAAAAAAAACAAAACUAAGGAUUUUUGCACUUGCUGCAUCUAUUUAAUUUGCUUUUAUUUGUGUUAGUCACCAGUUCUUGCUAUGUAUCAUGAAUGAGGGGAUGCGAUUGAGGUGUGGGCUUUGCUGUGGCUGGAAGUCUUCUAAAGGGAAGACUGAUGGAUGCUGCUGAAAGCGACACAGGAGCCUUUAAGGCUUUGAAAUAGAUUGCUAACAGAGGAGUUCAGGCUGUGACAUGCUGAUAGUAAUCAGAGGUGGCAAUGCCUGUCCCUGGCAGAAAAUAAAAUGAUUUCCACACUGUGUAAUUACAAAUAAAUAAAAAAAUCCACAGUCUUCUCAAAAUGAAUCCUAAUAACUGUUUAUUUUGAAUUCAAUUGUAUCCCUGCAAGAAACUCAUAAGAAAUGCAUGAAAAUGCAAAUGAAAUUAGGACAUCUAAUUCAGCUUUAAUACUCAAUAUAUUGAUCCGAGCCAGUUUGUUAGAAAAACUGUGUAUCUGUGAGGUUAAACAGGGCAAAUGUCCAUAUCUGAACAGUUAUUUAUACUGAAUUGGACAGUCCAGAAUGGCUUAUCAUUAAAUAGCAACAUGUUGUGCAGGUGAAACCAAAGUACUAUAACUGAACUGCGUGUGGACAUGGCACCAAAAAAGAUGGAGAAAACAAAAAGGUGGGAUUUUAGGUGGAAAGAGAAAAAGGAUUUUUAAUAACCUGUUCUUAAAGGAAUAUUUACUGUUUGCAGGUUUUGGAGAAUUGCAAUAAAAUGUGUUUAAUUCUU